AUGGGGGGUUCCCCCUCAGCCAAGAGCUGCGGGGGCCGUGGGGCAGAGUGGAGGGUGUUCCAGGAGUUGGUAAAGCACGAGUGUUAUUUCAUCAGCGGCACCGAGUGGGUGAGGUUCGUGGAGAGGUACAUCUACAACCGGCAGCAGCUCGCCCACUUCGACAGCGAUGUGGGGGUCUAUGUGGGGGACACCCCGUAUGGGGAGUUCCAGGCCAAGCACUGGAACAGCCAACAGGACGUGCUGGAGCUCAAACGGGCUGAGGUGGACAGGUUCUGCAGGAAAAGCUACGAGGUGUCCACCCCGUUUUUGGUGAACCGCAGAG